AUGUCAUCUCAGAAUGGUGGGAGAGGUACUUUACAACUGCUGGAGCAGUACAAUGAAUAUAUAUCAGAGAAAGACAAGACUAUUGAGUAUAUCGAGGGUAAUUUAGUUAUGGAAAACAAGCAACCUUCAUAUGAUCAAUUACUAAAGGAGAAUAUUGAACUGAAGUUGAAAGUUGACGAAUAUGAAAAUGAAAUAUCGAAGUUGAAGAGAUUGUUAGAAGACACUCCACGAAGUGUCGAAUCAGUACAAAGCACUGUCAUCAUUCAUAACAAGACUGAUGUCAGCAUUCCCCCUUCUAAUCCGGAUAUUAAACUUUCACUGCCUAUAAGAUCAACUAAUAGAAUCAAUAACGUUAAUAAUAAUAUUGAGAAAUCACGUAUAUCACCCUCUGAGGAUAAAGUCUCAAAUAUUGAUGAACGUUUAAUCUCUGAUUUGAAUUUUAGUCGUAACAUCGACUCCUUAGCAGAAGGUAACAAGAAACCUAACAUUAAAUCCAAAUCGAAUGAGGCAGGUGCUAAACAAUCUGAAAGCACUUCAGUGAAUAAAACAGAAACCUUGAAUUCAACAACUAUAUCUCCACAAAAGACUAUUUCUCCUUCAAAGGAAAGGUUAGAAUCUCCAUUGAGAGCAAAUAGAGUAAUUGCUGUAAUCAACAAUCAUAUACAUUCCCCAUUAAGUGAAAGAUAUAGUCCUGAGAGAGAAAUAGAUUUUAUUGGAGAUGACUUUGACCAAUUUACAGAGAUACCACAUCGAAGUCCAGGUAGAAAAUUAAAGGAUGAAGAGUUAACAAAGCAAUUUGAAUCAUCACCAUCCCAUAAAGAAAAAAUUAAUAAUUUUUCAGAUAUGUUAGAGAGUACGUUUUCACAUCCACCUGAUGAUCAUAUAAUAUCACAUUUAGAUAUUCCUAGUCCAAAAAUUGGUGCUCGUCCCUUUGUUUCGCCUCCAUCAUUACAACCUGCUGGCACUGAUGCAAAAUUAGCAUCUCCAGUAGUUCUUCAAAAGCCAGAAAUACCCAAUAUUAAAGUCCCAGCACCUUCUUUUAUAGAAGAAUUACACACAGAAAACGUUGGGUCACACGGAACAAAUUAUUCUGACACUCUAUCUGAAAGAAGACUUUCUACUAAAUCAUCCCAGAAUUAUUCUAGUGAUAUUGUAAUCUCUCCAGCGAUUAGUAGGAAUAAUGCUUCCUUUCCAGACAAUUCUUCAUAUAAUAAUGUUGAAUCAGAUAUACCCUUAUUUAUAGAUCCAAAAGAUCUAGGAAGUGUCAGGGUAGAAAUAUCAAGCACACUAUACCUCGACCCAGAUUUAAAUGAUCAAGAAAGAAGGAUAUUAAUAAGUGUCAUUGAUAGAAAAUCAGAUAAGGAAAUAUUCAAAUUUGCCAAAUCAAUUACAAAAAUUUACCAAUUAGAAGAUAAAAUCAAACCAUUAUUAUCUAGCUAUUCCCUACCAUUACUUCCAGAUAGAGGUUUAUUUGACUCGAAUAUUCCAUCAAAGGUUCAUUCGAGACGUGUUAAGUUGAAUGACUUUUUUACAAGUCUCUUUAGUGUUCCAGAAAUACCACCUAAAAUUGGUCUCGACAUUGCAAGAUUUAUGAGUACUGAUACCGUCAUUAAUCCCAGUUAUUUCGGAGAUACUUUGAAAGAAGGUUAUUUAAUAAACAGGAGACAGAAAACAUUAGGUUCUGCAUAUAAUUGGAGGGUACGAUAUGGUGUGUUUAGAGAUAACUAUUUAGAAUUAUCUGAAGCCAAUGAAGUAAUUGAACAGAUCAAUCUAAAUAAUUCUACAAUAGAAUUUGUAUCAGAAAACCAAGAUGACAAACAUGGUACAAAACAUGCUUUCCUUUUGACUGAACAUAAAAAAGGUGGUUUGUCAGGAAAUAUCCGAUACUAUGUUUGUUGUGAGACAAGAGAGGAAAGAGAUUUAUGGGUACAUACGAUAAAGAAUAACUUUGGAUCAAAAACAGAUGAAAAAAUAAAUAAUACUUCCAAGCAGCACGUUGUCACACCUACGGAAUCAUCACAACAGACAGAUAGCAGUAAUGACCAUUCAAUGUCUCAUAGUAGUCGAAGCAUAGUUUCUUCACCAUCGAGGUCAAUGGAAACUCCAGAGAGUGAUAAGGAUCAACGUAGAUCAAAAAGGGGCUUCUUUCCCUUCAAAAAGGGCGCUAAUUUUGUUGGUGUACUAUCUGACACAAUUGAUCACGCCUUUGCUGACGAGCCAGAUGUGAAACAUAACUUAUCCAAUGAAACUAGCAUCAUGUCUUCACCUAAAUUACCAAGCUCAUCCUAUAAAAAUGUCUUUGGAAGUCCACUGGAUGUUGCAUUAUCUAUAAGUUCACAUACACUACAAGGAAAAUAUAAAAUUCCUAGUGUUGUGUAUCGUUGUCUAGAGUACUUGUAUAAAAACGGAGGAUUGCAUGAACAAGGUAUUUUUAGAUUAAGUGGUUCAAGUGCAAUGAUAAGAACCCUCCAAGAGAAAUUUGAUAGGGAACAUGAUGUGGAUUUAUACAACUACAACAACCGAAAUGAGGAAGAUAAUUUAAAUUCAGAGCUGCAUACAACAGGAUCUGUGGACAUAAAUACAGUUGCCGGUCUAUUAAAAUUGUAUCUCAGAAGUUUACCUCAUUUAAUUUUUGGUGAUAAUAAUUAUACUGCAUUUAGAAAAGUUGUGGAGAAUAGUAAUAAUUCAUCUGAAAUUGCAUUCAAAUUCAAGGAGAUUGUUAACGGUAAAAGCAUUCCGUCUUCACAUUAUUCUUUGAUGCAUGCUUUAUUCGAAGUACUUCUACGUAUUAGCGAGCUUAGUGAUACCAAUAAAAUGAACGUCAAAAAUUUAUGCAUCGUUUUCUCACCUACACUAAACAUCCCAGUUAAUAUUUUACAACCAUUUAUUGUCGAUUUCGCAUGCAUAUUUAAUGGCGGAGAACCUGUCUCUGAUUCUUCCAGGGAACAAAUUGAUGUCAAUAUCCCACAAUUGUAA